AGCAAAAACACACACACACACACACACACACACAGACUGACAGACACAGACAGCAACAGCAUGAGUGUGUGGAGCGUCGUAUGUGUAGCCGUAGUGUUACUUCUCAGGACUCAAGAUGUGGCAGCCCAAUUAGACGUGUGCGGGCAGGCGACCCUCAACACGCGUAUUGUGGGCGGGCAGGACGCUCCGGAGGGGGCGUGGCCAUGGCAGGUCAGUCUGCACCGCGGAGGCCACUUCUGCGGAGGGUCCCUCAUCAACAGCGACUGGGUUCUGACCGCCGCCCACUGCUUUUCCAGCACCAACCCCUCCGGCCUGGUCGUCUACCUCGGACGGCAGAGUCAGGAGGGCAGCAACGCCAACGAGGUCUCCAGGACCGUCAGUCAGAUCAUCAGACAUCCUGAUUACGACAGCGGAACCAGCGAUAACGACAUGGCCCUCCUCCAGCUGUCCUCCUCCGUCACCUUCACUGACUACAUCCGCCCCGUUUGCCUUGCAGCAGCCGGCAGCACCUUCAGCUCAGGAACCACCACCUGGAUCACGGGCUGGGGCACUAUUGCCUCUGGAGUCUCCCUGCCCUCUCCUCAGACGCUGCAGGAGGUGGAUGUCCCGGUGGUGGGCAAUUCUGACUGCAGCUCCGCGUACUCGUCCAACAGCAUCGGCAUCACCGGCAACAUGAUCUGCGCUGGACUCCUGGGGCAGGGGGGCAAAGACUCCUGCCAGGGUGACUCUGGAGGUCCGAUGGUGAGUAAGCAGGGCUCUGUGUGGGUCCAGGCCGGCGUGGUGAGCUUCGGUAUCGGCUGUGCUCUGGCGGAGUUCCCGGGGGUGUAUGCGCGCGUGUCAGAGUACCAGAGCUGGAUCAACUCCCAGAUCUCCAGCAACCAGCCGGGAUUCGUCACCUUCAGCAGCUCUGGCGACAGUGGGGGGGGCACCAGCAGUAGAGCCCCCACCACCUCCAGCCUCAUCAGCCUAACCCUCACACUCAUACCCCUCCUCAUAUGCACCGCCCUCCUCUUCUGAUACACACACACACACACACACACACACACACACACACACACACACACACACACACACACACACACACACACACACCUCAUGUCCACUGCCCUCCUCUUCUGAAAAUGUACUUGUGGAUGUUUAUGUGGAACAAGCUAGAGUAUACUAUACUACUAUACUACUAUACUUAAUAUUCUAAACAUGUUAUUUGAUGUAAUAACAUAAUGUUUGAUUGGUGGCAUUAAAAUAUACUUUUGAUAUGUUUUCAGUAGAUUUACAAUGUGUCAGUGCCAUGAAAAUGCACAAUAAAUAUAUCAAGAGUAUAUUGUAAUACUCUUGUAUAAUGUUCUGCUAUACUAUAUUGUUAUUUCAUAUGUACUGUAUAUAUAACUUCAGCACUACUGUACACACUAUACUGGCUGCAUGUACCCGUCAUGCUCGGCUCUCUAGUGUCCCUACAUAUAGGGCAAUCCUCCCAACAUUUAGGAUUUGAUUGAUUGAUUGAUUGUUGUACUGAUCGUGUAUGUUUCACUUUUACUAGUGCCAUGUGCAAUAUUAAGUGUGUUAUCAGUAUACUUUACUAGUGCUAUGUAUGUGCAAUGCUAAUGUAUUACCAGUAUACUGAAGGUUGAUUUGCUUUUUACGGGUUUUUCCCGCAUGUUGAAUGUAUUUCUGUGCAAGGCCAUUAAAAUGAAUGAAAUUAA